AUGAUCGAUUUACCUGAAAUAAGAACAAUAUUGAUUAAUGGACCUCGAGGAGUUGGAAAGAAAACUUUAAUUUUUAUAAUUGGAUUAACGUGUGAUGCAACCAAACUACCAGAAUCAAUUCGUAAAAUAGAUUUUUUCCAACAUCAGAUGAAUUUAGAUGUUCCCACUCGUCUAAAUAUUAUAGAAGAAUUUACGAUGAAAUUAGGAUUGAUGACAUCUGGAUAUGUGGCAAGAGAUUUAAAAAGACUUGUUAGAUUAGCAAUUUUACAUUCAUUGAGAGAACCAAUGCAAUUAGUUGAUAAUAGUUACAAAAUCAUUAAUGAUGAUGAAAAAGAUUUUGAAGAUUUAUUUAAAAAAUUAAGUUUACAUGAUAAAUUUGAAACUAUGAUACCUUAUAGAUUAUGGAGUGAAAUCGGAGGAUAUAAAAAUAUAAAACUUCGACUAAAACAAAUAAUUGAAUGGCCUAUAAAUCAUUCAGAUACAUUUGAUAGAUUAGGAAUUAAACCUACUUCCGGAUUAUUACUUUAUGGUCCAUCUGUUCAAGCAUUAGUGUGUGAAUCUAGAAUGAAUACUAUUUAUGUUAAAGGACCAUCAAUAUAUUCAAAAUAUUUUGGAGAAACAGAAAAUGUAAUAAGAAAUUUAUUUAAGACUGCUAGGAAAAUUUCACCUUGUAUUAUAUUUUUUGAUGAAAUGGAUUCUAUUGCUGCAAAACGAGACAGUACAGGAGUAAAUGAACGAGUAUUAAGUACAUUAUUAAAUGAAAUGGAUGGUAUACAAGAAUUAAAGGAUGUUUUAGUGAUUGGAUGUACUAAUCGACCUGAUAGAAUUGAUGAUGCCAUUUUGCGACCUGAAUCUGCGCUCACUGCAUUAAGAGAAAACAUUGAAAUUACUCAGAUUUCUAUGCGUCAUAUUCAAGCUGUUCUUGAUAAAAUGCGAAAAACCAAAUUCUAA